UUCUCAUCAUACACUAGUAGAUUGAAAUCUUCUCUCUCGCAUGCUCUAAGGAAGUACUAACUAGGAUAUCGAAAUGGAGAAGACAUCCAUCAAACUCGUCUCGGUAUUGGUUGCAGUGCUCUUUCUCGUUGCUCAAUAUGGGGGAGUGGAGGCCAGAUCGACAUUAACUCCAUGCGAACAAGACGGGGAUUGCGCAGCUGUUUGCCCAACUAUCUGCACGGUUCAUGAAACAUGUGAAUGUUACAACAAGAUAUGCAGAUGUCUUGUGGAUAAAGUCAUUAAUCCGGUUGUCAUGGGGAUAAAAAAUCAAUAACCGGUUAUAUGAGGAGGUUUUUUGUGAGUGUAUUUGAUGUUGAUGGAACCUUUUAGAAAUUGAGGAUGGUUUAUUUCAAUUUCAGCGAAUUUUUAUGAAUAAAGC